AUGGCCUCACAAGUCUUGGUCUAUCCACCAUAUGUUUAUCAAACCCAGUCAAGUGCCUUUUGUAGUGUGAAGAAACUCAAACUAGAACCAAGCAGUUGUGUGUACCACGAACGAACCUACCCGCAAAUCUAUGUGAAUGGUAAAAACUUUGGAAUUUCUCCCCACAGGGUUAGUACGUACUUUCAGACUAAAAACCCAUUUGACAGACCUCGAGGACAGAACUUUUUGUUGCAGUCAAAUGCUGUUGCUUUAAAAAAUAUUGCAGGUGCUACAAAAGCGUUAGCAGCGCGGGCGCAGCAAGCUCAGUUGGAGGCACCUCGGACUGGGACACAAGGAAGCUCAUCAGAUAUCCUGGAAGGACCCCAGCGAUGUGGAUUGAAGCGUAAGAGUGAAGAGCUUGAUAAUCAAAACAGCACGAUGCAGAUUGUUGAUGAACUGUCCAUCCUGCCUGCAAUGUUGCAAACCAAUGUAGGAAACCCAGUGACGGUUGUAACAACAGCUGCAACUUCAAAACAAAGUGGUACAAGCGGAGAUGGAGAUUACCAGUUAGUACAGCAUGAGGUAUUGUGCUCUGUGAAAAACACUUACGAGGUUCUUGAUUUCCUUGGGCGAGGGACCUUUGGACAAGUAGUGAAGUGCUGGAAAAGGGGGACAAAUGAGAUAGUGGCAAUCAAAAUCUUGAAGAAUCAUCCUUCGUAUGCACGCCAAGGACAAAUAGAAGUGAGCAUAUUAGCGAGACUAAGUACUGAAAAUGCUGAUGAAUUUAACUUUGUAAGAGCCUAUGAAUGCUUUCAGCAUCGUAACCAUACUUGUCUGGUUUUUGAGAUGUUGGAACAGAAUUUAUACGACUUCCUGAAACAAAACAAAUUCAGCCCUCUGCAACUGAAAGUAAUACGGCCUAUUCUGCAACAGGUGGCCACUGCACUGAAAAAACUAAAAAGUCUGGGUUUAAUUCAUGCUGACCUCAAACCAGAGAACAUUAUGUUGGUGGAUCCUGUUCGGCAGCCUUACCGGGUUAAAGUAAUAGACUUUGGGUCUGCCAGCCAUGUAUCAAAGACUAUUUGUUCAACCUAUUUACAAUCUCGGUAUUACAGAGCACCAGAGAUCAUACUGGGAUUGCCGUUUUGUGAAGCCAUAGACAUGUGGUCGUUAGGGUGUGUGAUUGCAGAGCUGUUUCUUGGAUGGCCACUGUACCCAGGAGCACUGGAAUAUGACCAGAUUCGUUACAUUUCACAGACUCAAGGUUUGCCAGGAGAGCAGUUGUUAAGCAUGGGAACGAAAACUGCAAGAUUUUUCUGUAGAGAAACGGAUGCACCAUAUUCUAGUUGGAGAUUAAAGACAUUGGAAGAGCACGAGGCAGAGACAGGUAUGAAGUCUAAAGAGGCCAGAAAGUAUAUUUUCAACAGUUUGGAUGAUAUAGUGCACGUGAACAUGGUGAUGGAUUUGGAAGGAAGUGACCUGUUGGCAGAGAAGGCAGAUAGGAGGGAAUUUGUCAGUCUGUUGAAGAAAAUGUUGCUGAUCGAUGCUGAUUUAAGAAUCACUCCAGCUGAGACCCUGAACCAUUCUUUUGUUACCAUGAAGCACCUCCUUGAUUUUCCUCAUAGCAACCAAGUGAAGUCCUGUUUUCAUAUCAUGGAUAUUUGCAAAUGCAGAUCAAAUUUGUAUGACUUAAGUAAUCGCAAUAAAACAUCACUUAUGAGACCAGUUGCCUCAGGCAGUGCAGCUAAUCUGACUGCGAGCUUUACCAAAAUUGCUCCAGUAAGAAGUCAGGCGUUAACUGCAUCUGCCCAUUCAGUUUUGCACCAAGGGAUACCACUGCAGGCAGGAACUGCUCAGUUUGGUUGCAGUGAUGUUUUCCAACAGGCAUUGAUUAUAUGUCCUCCAGCUAUUCAAGGAAUUCCUACAAACCAUAGUAAACCCACCAGUUUCUCCCUGAGGGUGGAUAAUGCAGUUCCGUUGGUGACCCAAGCCCACACAAUUCAGCCACUACAGAUUCGAGCAGGAAUCCUUUCUCAGACAUGGUCAAAUCAGACCCAGCAAAUACUGGUUCCUGCGUGGCAGCAAGUAGCGCCAGUGGCAGCUCCUGCUACAUCUCUGGCCUCUGAUCCUGUGGCUGGCCCACAGAGGCUUGGAGACUGGGGGAAGAUGAUUACCCAGGGCACCCAUUACAAUUCAAUGAUACCGCAGCCUCUUUUAACACAUCAGAUAACCUUGUCUGCCCCUCAGCCAAUUAGCGUGGGCAUUGCACAUGUUGUCUGGCCUCAGCCUGCAGCUACCAAGAGGAACAAACUGUGUCAGAACAGGAGCAAUGUGUUACAAAAUACCAAUAUCCAAAAUUCAGCCUUUAUCUCUCCAAAGAUACUUAACCUGAAGGCUGUAAAAAGAAUAAGUUGUAUAGAAGCACAGGACAAUCAUAACUCAGAAGGACAGGAAAGUAACUGUUGUGAAGCAUCGGUCAGGCUGGACCCUGAUUCAUCUCUUUCAACCAAACAGCGCCAGGCUAUCUUCAUUGCCAGUUCCCCCAGCCCAACAGUCAGCGUGAUCACCAUCAGCAGUGACACAGAUGAAGAUGACAUAGGACGGACUCAUUCACUGAGAGAGUGCAAAGGCAGCCUGGACUGUGAAGCCUGCCAGAACACCCUGGACAUUGACCGUGUGUGUUCUCUGAGCAGCCCUGAUAGCACCCUGAGUACUAGCUCCUCAGGCCAGUCUAGUCCAUCUCCUUGCAAGAGAUCCAACAGUAUGUCAGAUGAUGAACAGGAAAGUGGAUGUGAUACAGUGGAUGGUUCCCCAACUUCAGACUCUUCAGGACAUGACAGCCCAUUUGUGGAAAAUGCCUUUGUAGCUAAUACCAAUAAAAAUAAGGAAGCAAGAGCAUCGGUUAAUCCUGAAACCAAAUCAGCUGUUUGCACUGUAGUGGUACCACCAAUGAGACUUGAAAACAGGUUACAUCUUGAUGAACAGAUGGUGAAUACAGAUGCUACGUGCCAGCCACUGAAAAAGGGUCGAUCUGUCCUGGGCAGAAUAAACCGGUCUUCUGUCGUAGGAAACCGUCAGCAAAAAUUGACAUCAGCAUUCCAUCAGCAACAUGUAAACUUUGGUCAGGUUCAGCACUUUGGAUCUGGGCUGCAGGAAUGGAAUGGAAACUACGCUCACCGGAGGCAGCAGGCUUACAUCCCAGCCAGUGUCGCCAGCCACGCUUUCUCCCUUCCCCAAGGAAGUCCAAACCACACUACCGUGCACGCGCAUCUCUCUGGAAGUACCCACCUUGGAGGACAGCCUGCUAUUCUUCCGUACCCGUCGUCGGCACCCCUUAGUACUGCUGCACCCGUUGCCCACCUCCUUGCCUCGCCAUGUACCUCAAGACCUUUGUUACAACAUCCAACCUACAAUAUAUCUCAUCCCAGUGGUAUAGUACACCAAGUUCCAGUUGGCAUAAAUCCCCGUCUCUUACCUUCCCCAACCAUUCAUCAGACUCAAUACAAACCAAUUUUCCCACCACAUUCGUACAUUGCAGCAUCACCUGCUUACACAGGAUUUCCAUUGAGUCCAACAAAACUCAGCCAGUAUCCAUUUAUGUGAGAACUCAAACACAGUAUAUUGAGGAAACUCAAUGAUACAGAAGUUUGAUUUAAGAAGAAACAUGGUAUUUAUUAAAUAUUAGCCAUGGCACAACAGGAAAAUUAUUUUUUUGAAUCAUGUAGACUUGGGUGCAAUUUAAACAACUCUGAGCUUUAAAAAAACUCACUUUUAAUGUGUUUUGCACAUUUGGUAUAACUUGUCUUUGGUCAUGUUAUCUUCUUAUAUAGUAACUUUAGACAGGUGACUUACGGGAGCAGAAAUCUGGUUUUGCUCCUGCUAUUUUUUAUAAAAUUGCCUUCUAACUAGUGCAAGACACGUCUACAUUUGGGAAGCCAUUCAGUGUACAGAACUAGAGCAACAGAUGCACAUACGUCAGCAGUACAGUGUAGAAGUAACUUGUUUGUAUUGCGUAUCUUGGUGUUUCAAUGUUGAGUCACUUAUCUAAAAGUUGAGCGGUUGUUCUUCACAUUGCAUGUGUCUUUUGCAUGGGCAAAAAAAAAAAAGGCCUAAACAUUGCUCUUAAAUGUUGUUGUCCUGAUAAUCUCAGCUGCAUUGUAAACUGUUCCCACACAUAGUGCCUUAAAUAUUUGAGGUUGUUAAUGUUAUUACUUAUAUAUAAAUGUUGAGGACUGCAGCACUUAAAAAUUCAGAUCUGCUGAUUUUUUGAUAGCGUAAUGCUCAUUUUGGGUUUUGUGUGGUAUGAUUUUAGUAUCGGGUGUGUUUUCCUUCCUGAGAAGGCAGCAUGUUUUGCUGUAGCUGAAUUUUGCUGUCUUUUUUCCCCCUCAGAAUGAUCUAGCUUCAAGACAAGACUUUAGUAGUGCUUAAGAAAAGUUGAUUCAGUAGCUAUUGAGUAGUGACACACAACACAGUGUUUCAUACUGGUAAAUGGAACUGCAAUACAACCUAAAUAGUUUAUUUUAAAAGUGUUUGUCUAAUUGGGUAUAAUAAAAUGUUUAGAGGUGCGGUAGGCAUGACUGACUAGCUAGUGAAAGAAAAAGCCAAGUGCUCAUUGAUCCAUGAUGUGGUUUCAUCUUAGCUUGAGCAAACCAUGCAGUAUUUAAUAUCUAGUAGCAGAAUAUUUACUAUUGAAGCUUGAAAAGAUGUGAGUUCUUUGUGUGCAAUCUUUCAUUUAUGCAUGGGAGAGAUUUUAGUCUUUUUACAUUAUAGUAUUUGUUUCAGCCUGUUGCGGGUGUUUGCUUUAUUUAAUACAUUCCGUCAGGGACAUAAAUUACAUGCUUUUUGCAUUAUUUUUUUCCUUAGGAAGUGUGUCUUUUUUUGUGUGUGGUUUUUUUUUUUUUUGUUUUGUUCAAAUGAAGUUGCUUUUGCAGCACCAAAGACUUAAUCAUCCAUUUCCUAUAAAAGGUAGCUACUUUUUCAUAGACCUCAAGUAUACUGUAGUGUAGAGAUGGGAUUUACAGAAGGUAUUAAGCUGAGGCUGUGUUUUAGCUUAUGGGCAAGUAAUAAAUUGUAUCAUUUAUCUUGAAUGUAUCAUAGAUAAGCUGCUAUAUAAUGAUUGCCACUUCAGAUAGCUGUGAAAUUAGGUGAUUAACUAGUUCUUUCUUAGCCUUCUAAUUUCUGUACAAGUCUAAUUACAUGAAAUAGAAGCCGGGUUUUGGGUUUGUUUUUUUGGGUUUGUUUUUUUUUUUUUUUUUAAUUUUGGGUUUUUUAAAAUUCUGUUUUCAUGUUUGAAGUGUCGUAACUACUAUACUGUAAAUGAUGGAAAAUGAUUGCAUAUGUUUUUUUGGGGUGUGUUAUUUGCAUCAGUAUUUUAUCUCCAUUAACUUUGAGCUCAUCACUGCAUAUAAGUGGAUGUAUUGAUGUAACUUAAUUUUUUUAUGUUUUCAUAUUGGCAUUGUGUAGACACUUAAGAAGCUGCAUCUUGCGGGCUUGACUUAACUUUUUUUUAAAACAAAAUCUGGAAUACAAUCCUUGCAAUGUUGACUGGAAUAAGUGUGCAAAACAUUUGAGUUUAACUCUGUCAAUAAGCUAAUAACUGGUAAUCUUUUUUCUUUACUCCACUAACACAAGCAGUGUUUUAUUUAAUGAAUGUCUGAAUGAAAUAAAUGUGCCUACAUUUGAUUUAUUUUUUAAGUAAUAACUAAAAUAAAUCAGUAUUAGAUCUUAAAAAAUAAGAAAAAUACCAGCAGUACAUUUUUAAUCACACUGAAAAUUAAGAAACCUAACUUUUCCCAAGAGUUUCAGUGUUUUUAGUAAUCAACUCUAUGCAUUUUGUACAAGUGUGUGUAUAUAAAGUAUACAUUAGAAACUAGGAGUAUCCUGAUGAAUUUGAAAUCUUAUCAACACAUCUAUAAAGCCUAAAUAUAGGGAGUCAAGCAAAUGCUCAAAUUGGAUAUCCACCGUACCACUUCAAACUUGUGCUAUAUGGUCCAGCAGAUAGUUU